AUGGUAGCCCUCACCCACCUCCUCACCAGCCUCCUCACCCUCUCAACCUCCCUAGCCCACGCCCUCCCCUCCACCACCCCUGAAACUGUGCUCGUCCCCCGCCAACUCUCCAACCCCUCACCCGGCUGCGGCAAAUCACCCUUUGGCUCCGGCGUCCGCACCGUAAACGCCAACGGCCGACAAAGACAAUUCAUCGUCCGCGUCCCCAACAACUACAACCCCAACCGCUCCUACCGCCUCAUCUUCGCCUUCCACUGGGUCGGUGGCACAAUGAACGACAUCUCCUCGGGCGGCACCGACCGCGAGCUAUGGUCAUAUUACGGGAUGCAGCGCAACGCAGGGGAGUCCGCCAUUUUAGUCGCACCUCAGGGGAUCAACAAUGGGUGGGCUAAUAACGGGGGAGAAGACGUCGCUUUUGUCGAUGCCAUGAUUCGUCACAUCGAAGAUGCCUUUUUGGGGUUUUCUUACGGGGGGAGUAUGACCUUCAGCCUGGCGUGUUCAAGGGCGAGGGAGUUUAGGGGUGUGGCUGUUAUUGGGGGUGGGCAGUUGUCUGGUUGCAGCGGUGGGAAUGAUCCUGUGGCGUAUCUUGGCAUUCAUGGGGUUUGGGACGGGACGUUGAACGUUGGGCAGGGGAGGGCGAUGAGGGAUCGGUUUGUGAGAAAUAACGGGUGUCAAAACACCAAUGCGCCUGAGCCGGCGAGGGGGAGUGGGAUUCAUAUCAAGACUAACUUUAACGGGUGCAGGAGCGGGUAUCCUGUGACGUGGAUUCCUUUUGAUGGGGGGCAUUGGCCGGGGGCGGUUGAUAACGGGCCGGAGAGCGGUGCUAGAUCUUGGGUUCCGGGGGAGAUUUGGAGUUUUUUUACUCAGUCGCAGCUUGCGAACUAA